UUGGAUUUUGAUGAUGAAAUCAAUUAUAAAUUAUUUGAUCUAAUCCAUAUAUUGAGAAAAAUAUGCAGGAUUAACUACGAUAGUAGUAAGACAUAGAGCAAGUGUUGUGCCGAAGUUGUAAUAUCCCUCGCUUUUAAAAAUUAUUAAUAAAGAUUUAUAUGUAAAUUGGAGGACCUAUAUGUAAAUAUAGAAAUUACAAGGACUAAACUGCUAAGUUGCAAAAAAAAGAAAAAAAAAGGGAAAACCGAAAAUUCGGUAUUAUCCCACCGCCUCCCACGCACUCUGUUUCUUCCAGAAACAGAGAGGAGCGGUGGGGCAUGAGGAGUGAAGAAAAGAAGAAGAAGAGGGAAAAGAAGAGAGGAGGAAGAAGAGAGGAAGAAGAGGGAGAAGAGAAGAAGAAGAAGAAGAGGAGGUGGCUGCAGCGAGGGCUGCAGCGAGGAGCUGUGGGGCGUGGGGAGAAGAAGAGAAGAAGAAGAAGAAGAAGAAGAAGAAGAAGAAGAAGAAGAGAGGAGGAUAGCUGCGGCAAGGCUGCAGCGAGGAGGUGUGUGGCUUUGGGGAGGAAAAGGGAAGAGGAGAAGAAGAGAAGGAGAAGAAGAGGGAAAAGAGAGGCAGCUGCAGCAGCCAGGGCUGCAGCACCUCUGUUUCCCGCAGGUGGAAACAGAGGAGAGGAUGUGUGGGGCGUUGAGGAUGAAAAGGGAAGAAGAAGAAGAAGAAGAAGAAGAAGAAGAAGAAGAAGAUAGCUGCGGCAAGGCUGCAGCGAGGAGAUGUGUGGCCUUGGGGAGGAAAAGGGAAGAGGGGAAGAGGAGAAGAAGAAGAAGAGGAAGAGAAAGAGGUGUGAUACCUCUGUUUCCUGCAGAGGAAACAGAGGGGAGGGUGUGUGUGACGCCGGGGAAGAAGGGGCUGCAGCUGCGGCGAUGGCAGCUGCAGCUGGAAGAGAAGAAGAAGAGGAAGAUGAGCAGGGGAGGAGGGAGAGGUUGCGGCCGUGGCUGCGGCCGCGACUGCAGCAGUUGCAGCGGGGAGAGAAGAAGAGGAGAGGAAGAAGAGAGGAAGAGGAGAAGGGGCUGCGGCUGCGGCGAUGGCAGCUGCAGCUGUGGCAGGGAAAGAGAAAAAGGAAAGGAAGAAGAAGAGAAAGGGAAGGAGAGGAAGAAGAGAGGAAGAGGAGAAGGGGCUGCGGCUGCGGUGAUGGCAGCUGCAGCUGUGGCUGGGAAAGAAGAGAAGGAAAGGAAGAAGAAGAGAAAGGGAAGGAGAGGAAGAAGAGAGGAAGAGGAGAAGGGGUGGCAGCUGCGGCAGUGGCAGCUGCAGUUGGAAGAGAAGAAGGAGAGGAAGAUGAGCAGGGGAGGAAGAAGAGGCUGCGAGUGUGGUGGCUGCGGCCGUGGCUGCGACUCCGGCUGCGGCUGCAACGUUGGCUGCGGUAGCUGCGGCAGCGGUGGUGGCUGCAGUAGCUGGUUUUGGGAAAGAGAAAGAGUAGGAACGAGAGAAGGGAAGAAGGAAAUAGUGCAGUGGAAGGGGGCUGCGGUUGUGACCGCAGUUGCGGUCGUGGCUGCGAUUGUGGCAGCGGCUGUGGCAGCUGCGUUUGGGAAAGAAAAAGAAGGAAUGAGAGUAAGAGAGAGCAGGUGACUGUGCCUCGAUGUUCGACACGUGAUGUAGUUACGAAGAAAGGAAGAAAACGGGAGCACAAAACGAAACAGAGAGAGGACACGGAGAAAAAGUAGAAGGAUUUGGGCUGGCACCUUCUUUGGAUCUUCGGAUCGAAAUCUUUGAAAGGUCAGCUUGUCACUCUUCGAGAUGUUUGAUUUGGGCUGAGGCAGUGGAUAGCUAUUCAGAAUAAUGGGCAAGUCUGGUUGGUUAUUACGAUAUUGUUGUAUAAGUAUGUCUUGUAUGUAAUGAAAUGUUGUCGAUGAACCGAAAUGGAUAUACUGUGUCAAAGUGUUAGGAGAUCUCUCUUAUUUGGAAUUUCAGAAUGUUAAGUCUAAUUUAUGGUGAUAUGAACUUGUGGUGAAUAGUUGGAGUUCUGAUUGUAUAAUUUAUUUAGCUUGUGGAUUUAUAAAUGUUGUUCAUGUUUGUCAA